GCCGGGUCCGUGACCGUGUCCCCCGGGGUGAGCGACGACGGAUACGCGGGGUUUUCGUCAGGACGAUCUCGCCGAAGCAUUGCUCCGGUGCCUGCGACGUCUGGAUGCCAGCGGGGCGGCAGGACAUGGCGGUGAUCCUGACGCCGUCCAAGCAGGCGCCGUGGCCCAGAGCGGGAUCCCAGGAGACCCGGCGGACCCGGGCAGCAGCGCGUGGGGCCGCCCUGCAGCAGGACGGUGCCCCUCCGCGCCCCGUUGCGUCGCCGCUGCAGCCGCGCUCGGCCUCGGCGUGUCUGGGGCGGCGGCCGCUGCCAGGGCUGGCGCCGGUGAGCGCGUGCAGCGCGCCGUCUGGGCCGAGCAGCGGGCCCAUGGGCCCGCCGCCGGGUCCAGGCCGGCUGGACGAGGCGGAGGUGUGGAGGCGCUUCGACAGGAGGGCGCUGCUGGGCGACUGGUUCGCGAGGUGGCAGCGUCUCGUGCGGAGGGCCGCCGCGGCCUGCUGCGCCGCGCGGGUCGCCGAGCAGGGCCGCCUGAGGUGCACGUUGCUCCGCUGCCUCGGAGGCUGGCGCGCCAGGGUGCGCCGCGCCCUCCAGUUCGAGCUCGGCACCCUCCUCGCCUGCGGCGUGCGGCGCUCCUCGGCGCUGCGGCGCUGGGCGGGCGCCGCGGCCGCGGCGCGGCGGCUGCGGAGGGCCCGCCUCGCGGGUGCGCUGCGCGGGUGGGCGGCCUGCCGCGAGCAGGGGCGCCGCGCCCUGCGGCGGCUGGCGGAGCUGGAGCUCGAGCGCGCGGCCGCGGCCCGGCGCCGGCUGCUCCGCGCCUGGCGGGGCGCGGCCCUCGGCGGGCCCUGGGCGACGGCGGCGCUCCGCGCGGCCCUGCGCGCCUGGGCGGGCCACAGCGCCUGGGCGGCCGUGCGCCGCCGGGCCCUGGCCGCCUGGCGCGGCUGGGCGCGCCGCUGGCGGGAGCUCGCGCGCGGCUCGGGCGCCGUCCGCGGGGUGCGCGCCAGAGGCGGGCUGCUGGCCUGGCGCUCCGCGCGGCGCGCGUGCCUCCUCGCGGCCUCGCGCCUCCGGCACCGGCGGGGUGCUCUCCUGGCGGCGUGGCGCGCGCUGGCGGCGGCGGGCCUUCGCGCGUGUGACGUCUCCCGCCUGCGCCGCAGCGCGGCCGCGGCGCACGCCGUCGUCGCCUGGCGGUGGAGCUGGCGAUUGCGGCUGCUCGGCUCGGCAGCGUCGCGGCACUUCGCCCAUGCCUUGGCGCACGCCUCGAUGCGCCAGUGGGCAGCGGCCACGGCCUGCCAGCGCGCGCGCACUGUCCACGCCGCCGUGGCGCGGUCACGCCUCGAGGUCCGGCGCGCCGUCCACCAGCUGGUCGAGUGGCGCCGCUGCGCCGCUGGCCGCCGCCGCCAGCGCCGUUUGGUGGGCCUGGCGGCGGCCCACUGGCGCAAAGCCUCGCAGGGCCGCGCCGCGGCGGUGUGGCGCCGCUCGGCGUGCAGGGCCCGCGCCGCCCAGCAGCGGGUGCAGGUCCACCUUCGCGCACGGCGGUGCUCUGCCGUGCACUCCUGCUUCGGCGGCUGGGCCGCCGCGGUGCGGUCGGCGGCCGCGGAGCGGCGUCGCGAGGCGCUCGGCCGCGAGUACCGCGCCGCCCGUCUGGCAAACAGCGUGCUCGCCCACUGGCUGCUAGCUUGCUGGCGCUGCCGCCAGGCCCGCCUCGCCACGGAGGCGGGCGCCGCCUGGCGCCUUCGGCGGCGGCGGGCGACCGCCGUGAGGCUGUGGUGGUGGCGGGCUGCACGGGGCCGCGCCCGGCAGGCGGCCACACUGUUUCAGCGGCAGGGGCUAUUCCGCCACGUGAAGCUGUACUUCGAGCUAUGGCUUCAAGCUGUGGCCUGGCAUCGGCGGGAGAGGCAGCUGACGGUGCAGGCCUGGGCGCUGUGGCGCCGCCGUGCCAGCCGUUCGCUGCUGGUCGCAUGGGCCACUGCAAGCAGCUCCAGCAGGCGCGCAGGCAGGCGCCUCGCUGACGUCCUGGUCGGCGUCGCAAAGGCGCGCGCGGCGUCCGCCUGCUGGAGGUGGCGGGCUUGCGUCGCGGCGCAGGCCUUGGGCGCCUCCCGUCGCCGCGUCGGCCUCGCUCGUUGGCUGGCGCAGGCCCGCACCAGGCGCACGAGGAGGUGCCGUUCCGAGGACGCGGCGCGGUCGCUGCGAAAUGCCGCGGCCAGCCGGUGCCUGGGAGCGUGGCUCUUCCGGCAGGAGGGCUGCGCUGCUGGACUCCGCGGCGCGGGGCGCCAGGGAGGCGCUGACCGCCGCCAGGCGUUCCGGCGCUCUGCGCGACUGGGCCCCCCUGGCCGGAUGGCGCCGACGGAGCCGGUUGCUGCUCGAGGCCGCAGGCUCGUUUUGGGCGAGGGCCGCCGUGAUGAAGGUCGCCCAGGCGUGGAGAGCCUCCGCAGUCUGGUGCUGCUUUCAGCGCCGCGCCAUCCAGGCGACGGGGGAGCAGCGCCUGGCAGCGGCGAGGCGCUCUGCCCUGCAGGCGUGGGUUGCGAGUUGGCGCCGCGACAACUGCCUUAAGGGCCUGGUGCGCAGCGCUUCGCGGCAGGACGC